CCUCCCUCUUCAAAAACCUGUCACAGACAAGUUCUCUUCAUUUCUCUCUCUCUCUCUCUAAUGGAAAAUCGAUUCAAGAUGCGAAUCUCUCGCAUGUUUCGGGGUUCCUUUGGCUCUUGUCGGACCAGAAACAUAUCGGACGUGGUCGAAAAAGCUGUCUUUUCCCCUCAAAGCCACAAGGAUUACUUCCAUUUCCAUGUGAUGGAGUCUUUGCCUCCUAGGCCUCGACCUUAUCCUUCCCUUUGUAGACCCAAAAGCCCCGAAACAACAGCCAAAGUCAUCACCAACUCCAUCUUCCCCAGGCAAAAAAUAUCCGGACGAUAUCCUCCUUUUGUAUCCGCAAACAAUGCUAAUGAAAACACUUGUCCACCUGCGUCGCCUGCUUCUCCUUUGAAUCCAUUCCACAAAGAAUUUGGUUUCAAAGAGAAAAAGAAGAGUUCGAGAUCAGUGAAGAACAGGAAAAAGAAAAAAAACAAUACCCAUUUGAAGAGCAGUCGGAGGGAUGUCAAUCUGUUUAGCUCAUCUUCUCAUGAUAGUGAAUAUUUUGAAGGUAGCUAUUGGUUUAGCAGUGAUGAAGACGAAGACGAGAGAGAAGGAGAGUCAGACACUCUUUUUUCUUCAAGAAGUCUCUCCUCAGUUUCAUCAGGUUCUCACUGCCACCGUUCUCGCCGCAAGAAGCACCACAGUUCUCGCCGGAAAAGGGUUGCCUCUAAAACUUUUCAAAUGGGUGUUUUCCCCUUGCAUGGAAAAGUGAAGGAUAGCUUUGCAGUGGUGAAGAGUUCUAGUGAUCCAUACGAUGAUUUCAGGACAUCAAUGUUAGAGAUGAUCGUUGAAAAGCAGAUAUUUGCUGCUAAGGAUCUCGAACAGCUAUUGCAGUGUUUCCUGUCCUUGAACUCAUCACAUCAUCAUAGGAUUAUUAUUGAGGUCUUCACAGAGAUUUGGGAGGCCUUGUUCUCUAACUGGUCUUAAUGAAGAAAACCUUAGUUUGUCUUCUGUUAUCUUGUAGUUUAGAGUUCUAAUUAACUAUGUUUAACAGUGUGUUAAUGGAUCAUCUUUCCAAUAUCUCUGUACGUUCAGCAUUUCUUUUUCAACAAGAUAUAGCCACAAAAGGCUGGAAAAGAAUCCUCUUUUCUUUC